CACACACACACACAGGUCCACUGCACAGCUUCAUGUCCACGCAGAUUCAGUCAGGAGGUGUUUUGUAAAUACAUUUUAAUUUUCUUUAGUUGUCAGAGGUGUGAGGGAUGAUUGACAGCUGAAGGGCGGGACCUGUCAUCACCUGUUCUAACAAGAAGUGUGUGUCAACUCCAGAUACUCUGUAUGACAGAGUAUCUGGAGUUGACACAUUCAUUCGUGAGCCUUUGUUGGUCUCGAUGUGUACUUUGAAUACAUUCAGUUAUUCUACAAACAAAAUGGUUACUAAUGUUACAUGAAGGCUCUGAGUAUUGCUAAAGUACUACUAGUUCUCCCACCAUAGUUUGUAUCAUGGCUGUUAUAAAUAGUACCACAUAUACAGCCUCUAGUACUUCUACCUGCACUUCUAGUACUACUUCUGAUGACGUGAAUAACAACUUCAUUUUAUAAACAUACAGAGGUUAAAUACUCCAUGAAUAAAUAUUCUAAAAUGAGUUUUAAACCCUGCGGUUACAGACGGACAGAUCCCGCCCCCUGCUGGCCGGUUUGAACAGCACACGCCAGCCGACUGAUGACGUCACGCUGACCUCACCUGCUGGCUGGUGGGACAAACUGAUAUUCAGGGAAGCUGAUUGGCCUCGCCAGUGAAUCAUUGACGAGCUGCCCCUCCUCCCCGAGCCUCUUUGUGGUGUCACAGCCUCCGUCGCCUCCGUCAUGUCCAGGUUCCAGCUGGAGAGCAACAGGAGCAGCAGCUGGAGGUAAGAAGAGAUCCUCCAUCGUCCACAACUGUCUGAUCAUCUCUUUAAACAAGAAGCACGUUCAGAACCUUCUCCACAGCAGAAGAACCCUGGAACCGUUAUGUGCUGGUUUAAAAUACCAGAGACAUCACCUCCACCCUGAUGGAGCGCCUCUACCGUUAAAAUGGAGUAUUUAUCUUCUGCUCCCUUUUGAAACUAAUUAGAAAACAACGUACUUAAACGCUGACAUGUUUUUAUUCCUUCGAUGUCAGUUUGAUUUGAUUCUGGAGGUUUGGUUAAUCAACAAAGUGACCAGUAGUUCUCUUUACUUUGAUGAGUCAUAAGCCUGAUAUUGUGUGUGUGGUUUCCAGAGGGCUUUAAAGCUGUGAUGGAGCUCCUCUUCCUCCUCCUCCUCCUCCUCCUCCCCCCGCCGGUGCUGACGGAGGCGACCUCCGGGUCCCACAGCAGCUGGUGCGAGCGUGGCUGCGACUGUCGAGGAGAUCUGAAGUUCACCAUCUGCUCUCGGGCGCUCUUCACCCGGCUGCCGGGCCGAGUCCCCCCCAACACCGAGCUCCUCGACCUCUCCGACAACCACAUCUCCGUCGUGCCCCGCGGCUCCUUCUGCAAAACCCGCAAGCUCAGAUUCCUGCUGCUGCAGAACAACAACAUCAGCGCCGUGGAGGACGGCGGCUUCUCGCAGAUGGAGUUCCUGCAGAAGCUGGACCUGAGCUGGAACCGGAUCUCGGCGCUGACCGCGGGGUUCUCCGCCGGCUUGGCCUUCCUGCGCGAGCUGCAGCUCGCCCACAACCGCCUGGACGGCCUGGACAGCCGCAGCUUCCUGCACCUGGACCGCCUCCAGAGGUUGAACCUGAGCAGCAACGCCAUCCGCACCAUCCAGGUGAGGUCCUUCUCCUCCAUGAGCGGCCUGCGGCAGCUCCACCUGCGGGGCAACCGGCUGAGGUCCCUGCGGAGCGGCAUGUUCUCCAUGCUGCGCUCCCUGGAGGUGCUCGACCUCUCCGGGAACCAGAUCGCCGUCGCGGACACGGCCUCCUUCAAGCCGCUCACCAGCCUGGCGCUCCUCGACCUGGCCGACAACCGCAUGUCCACCGUCGGCUUCAAGACGUUCCUCGGCAUCCAGGCUUACAGCACCCACAUCCUGCUGGAGGGGAACCCGUGGACCUGCGACUGCGACCUGCACCGAGUCUUCCGGAAGCUGCGCGGCGUCCAGAGGCUCUUCCUGGACGACUACAGCAACCUGACCUGCCGGGCGCCGGCGCCGCUCGGGGACCACCGGCUGAUCGACGUGGACACGGAGCUGUGCCUCGCCGAGACGGUCACCGUGCUCAUCAUCACCGUCACCGUGGUGAUCACCCUGCUGGCCGCCAUGCUGGUGGGCGAGAGGAAGAGGAGGAAGAAGAAGACGACGACGACGAGGCACUGGACGCAGCAGGGGGACGUGUCGGAUGAGUCGGACUACUGAGUCAUGUGACUUGCUACAGAAAGAUUAAACUACAAAAUCGUUUUGACUUCAAGGCCACGUUCCUUAAAUCCAAUAAAAUCUGCUCUCCUGGAAAGAGA